CUGUGGGAUGGAGCCUCAGUGGGGAGCUCCCUUGUCCCCUCCAUCCCACAAAGGGCACCUCGGCAGGAGGAAGGAAUGAGGAGAAAGAACCAGCGUCAAAAGAGAUGUCGUUGUGUCUCUGGAAAGCUUCAUGUUUCCUGUCGCAGGUGGUUUGGGCCCCCCUCAAGGGAUGAUUCCUAUGCAACAGCAAGGAUUUCCAAUGGUUCCUGUCAUGCAGACCAAUAUGCCAGGGAUGAUGGGAAUGAAUUAUGGUUCUCAGAUGCCUCCUGGACCCAUGACCAUGCAGGGUGGGAUGCCCCUGGGGCCGAUGCCAGCGGCCGGGAUGCCCUACAUGGGACAGGCGUCUUUCCUGGGAAUGCGCCCAGCCACGCCCCAGUACAACCCCGACAUGCAGAAGCAGUUUGCAGAGGAGCAGCAGAAGAGGUUUGAGCACCAGCAGAAGUUCUUGGAAGAAGAAAGGAAACGGCGGCAGUUUGAAGAGCAGAAACAGAAGCUGAGACUCCUGAGCAGUGUGAAACCCAAGACAGGUGAAAAAAGCAGAGAUGAUGCCUUGGAAGCCAUUAAAGGAAAUUUAGAUGGUUUCUCUAGAGAUGCUAAAAUGCACCCAACACCGGCAUCGCAUCCAAAAAAGCCAGAUCAUCCCACACCAUCCCAUCCCGCUGUAUCUGUUUCCCAUUCUGCUUUUCCCGAUGAUGAAGAAUUUAGUGACUUUAUACAAGGGCCCGUUGAAAUCCCCAAACUGGUGCCUCAACCCACCUGUCAGCCUUUCCAGCCUUUCCAUCCUGCCACUGAGGCUGGGCAGCUGCUUUCAGAAAAGGCUGUGCUCCAACCUCUCCCUCCAGCCCAGGCUCCAGUGUUGUCCACCCUGCAUGGCACAGCUGGGCAGGUUCCUUAUUUUCCUACCUCUGCAUCUUCACCCAGUAUCCAUAAAACAGGCGCUUCCUUGGAGGAGAAAGCCUUAGCUAAUGGCUCAAAUGAAUCUGAACAGGAGCAAACCAAACCUAAAACAUCCGAAGGUGGGCACAAAGCCUCGGCUGCAAGCCAAGCUCAUCCCAGUCUAACCAGCAGUGACUGGGAUGUUGUAGGUGGACAGGAAACUGGUCCCACUGCUGCAGAGGUGCACAAGGCUUCAGAACAAAACAGAGCAGUUGAAGAGUGUGGAGUUGGAGUGUUCCCUUCCCAGGACCCAAUUCAGCAAAUGAUGCCUCCUUGGAUUUACAACGACAGCUUGGUGCCAGAGCUGUAUAAGAAAAUCUUAGAAAGCACUCUGACUCCUGCUGGGAUAGAUACAGCCAAGCUCUACCCCAUCCUGAUGUCAUCUGGGCUGCCCAGGGAGACCCUGGGGCAGAUCUGGGCGCUGGCCAACCGCACAACACCCGGGCAGCUGACCAAGGAGGAGCUGUACGCCGUGCUGGCCAUGGUGGCCGUCACGCAGAGGGGGAUUCCCGCAGUCAGUCCCGACGUGCUGAACCAGUUUCCCGCUGCGCCCGUUCCCACUCUGUCGGGGUUCCCUGUGGCCCUGCCCGCCGUGAGCCAACCCCCACUGCUGCCCCCGGCCCCGCCAGGCUCCGUGCCCUCUGUGCCCUCCAUGCCCUCUGUGCCCUCCGUGCCCCUCGGCAUCGGGCCCCCCGUCAUGGGCAUGGGCAUCCCGGCCCCCACGCCGGCCCCGGCGGCAGGAGCUGCAGCUCAGCCUUCCGGAGCAUUCCUGCCCUCCUACCCGCCCAGCCAGGUAGUAAAACCAGAAGAUGAUGACUUCCAGGAGUUUCAAGAUGCUUCAAAGUCUGGCUCCCUGGAUGAUUCUUUCACUGAUUUCCAAGGGGAUGUAGCUGGUUCCUCCAAAGCAGCCAGUUCCCAGCACCGGAGCAGUGUUCCUUCCUUACUAAUGCCACUCCCAGGUAAUAAGCCACUCUCACCAGCUGAUAAAUACGCUGUGUUUAAAGGAAUGGCAGCUGAGAAGCCUCCUGAGACUGCAGCUGCUUUUGGAGAUGGAGGGGACAAGUACAGCGCUUUCCGGGAACUGGAGCAGCCAGCAGAGAGCAAAUACUUGGUCCCAGGAGAUAACCUUGCAGAGUUCAAGCCCGCAGGAGUCGAUGAUGGUUUCACAGAUUUCAAAACCGCUGACAGUAUCUCACCAAUAGAGCCACCCACAAAGGACAAAACCUUCCCUGCACCCUUCCCUCCUCUGCCUGCUCAGCCAAAGCAGCAAACACAAGCCAAGACCCCUUUGAAUCUGGCAGACUUGGAUCUCUUUUCCUCUCCUGGAGAAAACAAGCAGCCAUCCUUUCCACCCGCAUUUAACGCCUCAAAACCGGGCUCCUUUCCCCCCCCGCCCCUUCCAUCCACCACUGCCCAGCCAGCACCCAGCAAAGCUUCCAGCUUAGCUGAUGACUUUGGAGAGUUCAACCUUUUUGGGGAAUUUUCUAACGGCGCAUCAGCCAGUGGACAAGAUGACUUUGCAGACUUUAUGGCUUUCAACAACAGCAGUGGAUUUUCUGAGCAAAAACCGGAUGACAAAUACAAUGCCCUGAAGCUGGAGGCCGGUCCUGUUCCUCAGGCUGGCUCCUCUGCCAGCGCAGUGAAGGGUGGGCAGAGUUCUGCCACCGCUGCUACGCCCACCAAGUAUGACAUCUUCAAACAGCUGUCUCUGGAAGGCUCCGGAGCGGGCUUUGAGGAGGCGAAGGACAGCGCGCUCUCCUCGGUGAAGAGCGAUGAUGACUUUGCCGACUUCCACUCCAGCAAGUUUUCUUCCACGGGCAGCAGCGUGGAUAAGUCACUGGUGGACAAAGUGGCAGCUUUCAAGCAGGCCAAAGAAGACUCUGCUUCGGUGAAGUCCCUGGAUCUGCCGUCCAUCGGGGGCAGCAGCGUGGGCAAGGAGGAUUCCGAAGACGCGCUGUCUGUUCAGUUUGACAUGAAACUGGCUGAUGUGGGAGGAGAUCUUAAGCAUGUCAUGUCUGAUAGCUCUUUGGAUUUGCCAACAGUUAGUGGCCAGCAUCCACCAGCAGCAGAUAUCGAUGACUUAAAAUGCGCCCCGCUGGGAAGCUGCACCAGUGGCUCUGCAGUCAGCAGCCUGGCCAGCUCCGACUGGUCCGACAGGGACGACCUCCAGCAGGGCAGGAGGCUCCCCGGCCUCGCCCAGCCCUCGGGGAGCGGAUCCUCCGCGGCCACUUCUGUCCUCCAGAAGAAGGAGACCUUGUUUGGCAGCUCAGAAAACAUCACCAUGACAACAGUUUCCAAAGUGACAACCUUCUCCAGCGAGGAUGCCUUACAGGACGUUUCCUUUGCAGCCUUUGCAAACUUUAAAGACUCCGGGCCGAUCUCCAGCGGGCCAAGCGACGAUGACAUCGCAGACUUUGGGGAUUUUGCGAGACCUUCCUCGGAAGCUCAGGGUGCAGCAGCGGCUGACACAGCCCAGGAGGCUGAUCUCCUCGCUGCCGGUGUCUCCUCGGAGCUGCGAAGGGAAUCCACGGAUGACUUUGGAGAAUUCCAAAGCGAGAAACCAAAAAUCAGCAAGUUUGACUUCUUGGUGGCGACUUCCCAAGGCAAGGUGAAAUCCAGUGAAGAGAUGAUCAGGAGCGAGCUGGCUACCUUUGACCUGUCUGUGCAAGGGUCUCACAAAAGGAGCCUGAGCCUGGGUGACAGGGAGAUAAGUCGCUCCUCACCUCUGCCAGCCCUGGAGCAGCCGUUCAGGGAUCGCUCCAACACCCUGAGCGAGAAGCCGGCACUGCCCGUCAUCAGAGACAAGUACAAGGACCUGACUGGGGAGGUGGAGGAAAGUGAGAGGUACGCCUAUGAGUGGCAGAGGUGCCUGGAGAGUGCCCUGCAGGUCAUAAAGAAAGCAAACGACACCUUGAAUGGAAUAAGUAGCUCAUCUGUUUGCACUGAAGUUAUCCAGUCUGCCCAAGGCAUGGAAUAUUUACUGGGGGUUGUGGAAGUCUACAGAGUGACAAAGAGAGUGGAACUGGGCAUCAAAGCGACCGCUGUUUGCAGUGAGAAACUCCAGCAGCUGCUGAAGGACAUCGAUAAAGUGUGGAACAACCUGAUCAGCUUCAUGUCACUCGCUGCUUUAACGCCAGAUGAAAACUCCCUGGAUUUCUCCUCCUGCAUGCUGCGCCCGGGGAUCAAGAAUGCCCAGGAUCUGGCCUGUGGAGUGUGUCUCCUAAACGUGGAUUCCCGAAGUAAAAAUGAAGAGAAACCUGUGGAAGAGCUUCCUAAAAAAGCCUUUAACUCCGAGACAGACAACUUUAAGCUGGCCUAUGGAGGGCACCAGUACCACGCCAGCUGUGCCAACUUCUGGAUCAACUGUGUGGAGCCCAAACCUCCAGGGCUCAUCCUGCCAGACCUGCUCUGAGAGCAGCUGCACUGAAGGUGGAGCUUUGGGGUUAAUAAUGCAGGACCUGGGGUAACUGGUGGGGUGGAGUAAGUGGAGAGGCUGGAGUUGGGCUCAGGGUUUGAAAUGUUUGGGGUGGAGUUUUGGGCUGUAAGAGGUUAAAGCCACUGUCACAGACAGUGAAGAAGUCAUUUGAAAUGGCCAAGGGUUCAGAAAUAACCAGAAAAAAAAUGUAGCAUGGAAAAAAAAAAAAAAAAGGUGGCAUUUCAGACUUUCUCAACAUGAAAACGUGUUAUUCAGUGUAAAAGCAGCCUGGUAGCCACGUGCACAAAACCUGGGGGGAGCCAGCACUGAGCUUCCCAAAGAACCCGAAAUGCUGGGCUGGUUUGCAUAGAAGUGACCACUUUAGUACUUGGGAAUCUGUAUUUGUAAGCAGAUCUUCUCUUUAAGGUGUUUGGGAUAUGGACCGUGAUGUUGUUGUUGUUCAGAUAUUUGCUGCUGUGACAGCACCUGAGUCACAGCAGCCAUCGAGGCAAAAUGAACGAU